ACCGCCACGUGGAUCCGGGGAUAAUUGAAGAAUUCUCACGUUAUUGACCGUCUCUUCGGUCACCCGAUAUACACUGGAUCAUCCGAUUGUUCAAACCACAACGCGUUAAUCAGCUCUGCGACUGACGCUACUUCUGGUAGACGUACUUACAUCACAGCUGUUGGAAGAAAGAGAAAAAAAGGAGAAAUUAAAGAUCUGUCUAACCUAACGUUGAGUUGUACCACUACCUCAACCUCUCAUUGAAAAGCAGAGAGGAACCUGAGAGCAGCCAACACGGCGUUUUCGGUGACACCGAUUUUCCGCACUGGGAAAGGGCGCCACCUGCCAUCCAUUUUGAGAGGGGAACUACGAUGUUACAUCCACUUUCAGAAGUAUGUACGAACAAGCGGCAAGCAACUGGGCCGUUGGUCUUUAUUCCUUAUUUGAUCCGACAAAUGUUCUGCCGUUCGUGCCGCAUUUAUGGAACAAGCAAGUGAUAAUUUCGCGUUAUCCGAGCGACACGAAAGUACGCGAUACCGACGUGCUAGUGGGAUAUCUCAUACUAUUCUGGGUGACGUUGUAUCUACUGUAUGAAAAAUGCCUCAACUCGCUGUUCAGACGUAUGCGCUUUCCACUGGUGCAACGAAACAGAAUAAUCAAGGCAGUAUGGAACUGCGGAUUUUGCUUUGGUAGCAUAUGUUACAUGAUGUCAUCAGCUACUCAAAUCUUGAGCAUUGCACCUCAAGAACAAGGAAUAACAUAUCAGGAAUUAGGGAUAGCUCUGCACAAGAGCUUCUACUUUCAUCAGGCUGGAAUCAACAUACUGUGUCAUAGUGCUUGGACUAAGGGUUUUGCAAACUUACUCUUUGCAUCAUUCAUCCUGAAUCCAUAUCGACAAAAUUAUAGGUGGUGCACAAUUACAAGUACCUUCUUAAUGUACAAAACUAUUGACAUUGUGAUAGUUAAUAUAUGCCGGGUGAUUUUGUGCAUUUUUCAAUGUGCUGGAAGGCCAGUCUGCAAAGUAAUAUUCCUACUACACUGCCAGAUUUGGAUAUAUUUGUACUUGUAUUAUGUGCCUAUAUAUAUGCUUUGGUCAGAAGAGGGUAAAUAUGCGAGGACAGAUCCUGGCUUGUGGCUUUGGUUUGCAGCAGAGUGCUUAGAUUCAAUAUGGCUAAAGAUUGUCAGACAUGCAAGGGCUAUACAUUGGCUGGAAAUCUGCCUAUUUCCGCCGCCCACGCAAGAAGCGAUCGAAUUGGCAGGCAUCCAUAAGAGGCAUAAGGAGUCUUUGAAAAAAUUUAACAAUAGAACAGCAAAGAAGGCCGAGUUAUGGCAGACACUGAUGUGUGCGAUGGCGAUCAAGAAGAAAAUCAAGAAGAUUCGUCAAGCGAGGAAUAAUAAUACAGAUUUAUCAAUGGAAGAUCCCGAAGAAGAAACUGACUUGUCUCAAGCGCACAUAAAGAUUAACGAGAUAGCGGAGGAAGAGCAGUAGUCUGCACAAAAAUGAUUUUGAAAAGUAUUAUUUAGCACCGAGGCUCACAUUAACGACGAGCGUUAUUCGAACGUCUGUCGAACGAAUUUCUUUGCAUGACACUACGACUUUUCGUUCACACUGUACUGUGUUUCAACGUACCGACAAUGCACAUUGUUUGCAGCGAGCAUUACUCGCUCUAUCGCGAGGUUCGUAUGUACCUAUAUUUGUAUAUAAGUGUAAAUUAGCGGGAGAACGAAUGAAGAGCAAGCGUGGAAAGUAUGUCGUGUCUUCCGACGCGAUGCAAGAGUGACCAGGUUUAACGACGAAAGACUGUAAUACCCUGUAGAUUUUGUACACAAAUUAAGUUUAUUCGAGAAUCUCGUAGACGUACACCGGCGCUUAUGUAGAAAAUUCGUUAUCGCGUUUACACGUGUAUUGCUUAGUGGGAGGGGGAGGGGUGCAUCAAUUGUCACUUGUAUUGCGUACGUCGCGGCCCGUAAGGAUCUGCAAUUAACUAGACGCCCCGGCGACACUGCAGUCGAGUUAACGCGCGUUUCUUCGAGACUGCUGUUAGGGCACAUCGUUGUGCAUCACCAUGUUAAUCUUUGACACAACCUAAAGCACUUAAUGGUUACGCUAGUCAUGACAUUAUAGGCGUAAUGCGAUAAUACGUUCGUAGAGGUGGCGCUUUUAUGCGAAUCGAACACAUAUUUCUCUGUGCAAUACGAUUUUACGUGAGUCCUCGAAGCGGCGGAGUCGCGUUCCUCGAGCUACAUAAAUGAGAGAUACGUAAGCCUGUGUUAUUAAUUACGAAAUACGUUUGCAUAUUAUGAGAGCUCUCAUGUGUCACGCUUCGGCGUUGUCACUAAUUUGCGAGGGACAAUGAGCUCUCGAGACAGGCAGGCAUUAUAUUCGCUCACGUGGCAGUGGAUAGAGAGUGUAUAAAAGGAACGAGUUGCUUACGCCGUGCAUUGUUAAGCGCCGCGGAAUUCUCGCGGCAAUUUCGGCGGUAACGCGCCGGAGACGUCUCUCAAUUUACGCGCGAGUCUCUCGAAGGUGUCGGACGAAACUCGGGCAUCCUCCUCUGAGGUGACGUGUCGGUUCCGCUCUUCUCUGCUCGGCGGCGAAGAGAACCGAUUAUUUAAGUCGCGUGUCACGAUCUGAACGCGCGCGGGUACGUUGUCUUUCGCUCGUGAGCGACGCAAGAAUAUUCCGUUACAUGCGUUUCAACUGUUUUUGAUAAAUGCACAACGCAAAUGAAGACAACGUAUCUCAUUCGUUAGAUAAGUUUAAUCGAUCUUAUAGACACACUCACAAAAUAUCUCGUUAUAUUACUUCAUGUCGUGUGCGUGUGUGUGCGUGCGUGCGUGCGUGCGUGUGUGUGUGUGUGUGUGU